UAAAAGCCUGUGGUGCUGUAGAUCAAGUCAUCAGUCAUCAGUCACAACAUGACAAUGAGCUCGAACACAGUGGUGUGUGUUGCUCUGGCUCUUCUUCUGAGUCUAACAGGAUCUGUUGGUCAGCAAGAUGUGUGCGGCCAAAACUCACUUAACACCAGGAUUAUUGGUGGAGGAGAUGCCAUUGAAGGGUUUUGGCCCUGGCAAGUAGGCAUUUACACAAGCAGGUCUAAUACCAUUGUCUGUGGUGGGAGUCUCAUCAAUAAAGACUGGGUUUUGACUUCAGCAGGUUGCUCUAAUUCUAUAAAUCGUCCAGACAUUAUAAUCUACUUGGGUCGUCUGAAGCGGUUUGGCCCAAACACACAUGAGGUUAAUAGAACAGUGAGUCGUGUCAUCACACAUCCUAACUAUAACAGCUCUACUUUUGACAAUGACAUAGCACUGCUCCAGCUCUCUUCUUCUGUGGAUUUCACUGCUCAUAUUAAACCAGUCUGUCUGGCUGCUGCUGGUAGUGAGUUUGAUGAAGGAAUUCAAAGUUGGGUCACAGGAUGGGGUGUCACUGAAUCAUAUCCAUUUCCAGACACAUUACAAGAAGCAGAGAUUCCAAUCGUCAGCAACAAUAAUUGUAGUAUUGUCUAUAAUAAUAGAAUCAAUAUCACAGACAACAUGAUGUGUGCUGGACUGACAGAUGGAGCGAAAGGCUCAUGUUUAUAUGAUAAUGGAGGUCCACUGGUCACUAAGCAGAGCUCCAGGUGGAUUCAGGCUGGAAUUGUAUCUGGAAUUGUAUCUGAAUACUGUGACGGCAGUUUACCGAGUGUGUUCACCAGAGUGUCUAAAUAUCAAGACUGGAUCAACACUCAGAUAGUCAACAACCAACCUGGAUUUAUAACAUUCCCUUAUUAUAAUAAUAACACUCUUGAUACUACUAGCUCUAUUCCUCAUAUCACUGAUGUUCCUGAUGUUCCUGAUGUAACUGAUGUUCCUGACAUCUUCAGUGGAAGCUCACCUUCUCUUCACUUAUUUCCCUUUUACCUCACAUUCACCAUCAUCUCUCUCAUCUUCUGUCCAUGAUUUCAGUAUAUUUGGUUGUGGUUAUUUGAUAAAGAUUUACAUGAACAUUAAUUCAUUUUGCAGACGCUAUUAUCCAAGUAAGAGAUCAUUCAGCACUUUGUCAACAUGUUAAUAAGAACUGGUAGUUGACCAGGUCAUGUUACAAGAAAGAUAAAGUGAGCAAGGGAGAAUAUGAACAACAUGAAAGACAUUUUUUUAUAGACCGAGCUUGACAGUCAUUGGUUUCACCACAGAGGAACAGAAUGAGUGAAGAUUUUGUAAGUGAUUUGGUGUCUCGUUGUGAUGGAACAAACAGGCGUCGCUCAAUUACAGAGUAAAGAUGACGGGAGGAGAUGUCGACCUGCAGCAGGGAGUUCAGGUCAAAGGUGAUUUUUCUGUUAUUGUCCUGAAGGCCAAUGAUGAGGAUUUGAAUCUAAUGCAAGCGGAAACCAAAUUCUCUUUUCUUAAAAAAGUCAAAUGUUUGUGUUUAGGUAUGAAAUACGUGUUUCUUUGGAUAAAAGAAUCUGCCAGAUAAAUUAAAGGGUGAAUGGUACAAAAAUAUUUUAUAGAUAUAAAUGUAUACUUUUUAGAAUUUGUACACAUUUUUGUAAUUCACAAUAUAUUGUCAUUUGAUUUGGGAAAUUCUUCACUAUCUUUCAUCUCUUUGGUUAAGAACAUCAUUUGAGAGACUUUCUGGUUUAUUGAAAUUUUAGGCUCCCAGUCCUGAAAACAAUAUUUAAAAUAACAAUAUUCCUCAAAUAAAUCUACUUCUAUUGAAUCCUUUAUUGUUCCUGACAAUCCACUGACAUCAGUGUACAUUGCAUUAAGAAAAAAAUUCAAUAAAAGUAUCUUAUUGA